AUGUGUUGUUUUAGUGCAUUGGAAAGUCUUGGAUUAAUUGAACAAAAAUUGAAUGUACAUGCUCAGGAAGAUGUUUACUCUAUGACAAUGACCAAAAAAAAAACAAGUAAAUCAAAUCCACAACCAACACCACCUAGUCGUCAGCUGACACCAACGACAUCAACGAUGACCGGUAAUGGAAACAGUCAAAAUAACAAUAAUACAUCCACAUCGGGUGUCAGUGAAAGACCGUUAAGGGAACGAUUAAUUCAUUUAUUGGCAGUGAGAGGAUAUAAAAAACCAGAACUUAUCAUACGUCUAAAACUUGGUAAGAUUUCAAUAAA